GCUUGGUUGAACAAUAAAUAAAAAAUUUAUACGAAAAAUAGCGGAAUAGCGGCAGCAGUAACGAAAUUCUCCUAGAAAGAGAUGCCAGUGAAUUGGUUUCAGCCAUACAGGGAUUAGACAUCAAAGGAAACUUACACAAUAUGAUAUCAUUGCCAAUUUCAUGAACUUUAACCCAUUUUGUAGUCUACACACUAUCAAUGUUUCUUUUAAAUUUGUCAAAAUAAGAAUAUCGAUUUUUUGAUAUCGCGAUCUUGGGUAAAGUGUCGACUAGAAUAAAUUGAAUCACGCACGAAUUCCUGCAUUAGUGUGCCACGAAAUCUUGGCAAACGCAAUUAAGCGAACGGGGACAAUGAUCGGAGAGGGAUACAUGCGCAUGUUGCUCUUCUUUCGUCCAAUUAUAUAAUAUUUCCAUCAAAGUUAUCUAGGUUAAUCAAAAUACACCGUGUUAAAUUUUACGCUUUAUUUAUUAGCUCACGCUUCUUUAACUUCACUAUCAGGUUCUCGGACUACUAUUUUCAUUUUAGAGACAAUUAGUUUCUCUGUUCAAUUUAAGUAAAGUAAUUUCAACAUCAUGACUGGAAAACUCCUGUUACCGUUGUUUUAUGCACUUGCCGUACUAUCAGUCCGCGGAACGGACACUUUCUCGGACAACGUCGCUCUGUUCUGGAAUUUAUACGAUUCCGUGGUGACAGGUAGUAGGAUUCUACAUGACGUCACUGAAGGAGUAGGCGCUGUUUCCAAGGCCAUUAAAGCCAUCGAUACUUUCCUAGACACAGACGCAGAAAAACAGCUCGAGGAAUCCGUGGCACAAGCCAUAGAAGAAGAUAAAACAGCUACAGAAAACGGAGAUGAAAUCGCUACGUGUGACCAAAACUCAAAGGAUGAAUCUUGCUCGAAAGAGUCCAAAUCUGAACCGGAUACCUCAACGGAAACAGAGAUGCCGAAAUUCAAUGGAUGUGGAGCUCUUGGAUUCCAUAUAAUGGACGCAAAUCUUCCGGUUGGAAAAAUGAUCGAGUGUUGUGGAGUUCACAACACUUGCUACACCUCUGCUUGUCGCGUGAAUAAGAGGGAUUGUGACUCGAAACUGAGGUCAUGUCUCUUUUCUCAUUGCGACCAAAAAUCAAUUGAACGCUCGCAGAAGAAACCUUGCUAUGCUGCUGCUAAGUUGCUCUUCUCGGGAACGAUGGCGCUUUCUUAUCAGCAAUACAAAGAUGCCCAAGAUGCCCUCAAAUGCCAAGGGAGAAGUAACCGGUACGGACGCAACAGGUAAUCCGACAGCGGAGGCCGACUCUACCUCAUCGUCAACGCGAUGAACGAGGAUUUUAAUUACGUCUACUCGAUCUACUUCUACUCCGCUCAUCUUGGCAAAAUUUAUGUCAUCAUUUCUUGGUUUGCAAGUUAUAUUUUAACAGGAUAUUGUUCAAAAAGUUAGUCCGCAGUAGUAAUCACUUUCAAAACUCUUGAGUACGGGAUUCUUAUAAAUUUUCAAUUCUAAAUUUCAUCCAGCCGUGCAAUAUGCAUUUUU